CCCAAACUGCGCAGGUGCGCGCGGCGGAGGCUGGUAGUGCGCAUGCGCUGCGCCCGUCGGCCCUGCGCGGUCUCCGGCGCCCGGCUUGCGCGCGGAAGAUGGCCGAGCAGGUUCCCAAGUCGGUGCUGUUCGUGUGCCUGGGUAACAUCUGUCGGUCACCGAUUGCAGAAGCAGUUUUCAGAAAACUUGUAACUGACCAAAAUGUUUCAGAUAAUUGGAGGAUAGACAGUGCAGCGACAUCCACGUAUGAAGUAGGGAACCCUCCUGAUUAUCGGGGGCAAAGCUGCAUGAAGAGGCAUGGUAUUCCCAUGAGUCACGUAGCCCGGCAGGUGACCAAAGAAGACUUCACCACAUUUGAUUAUAUACUGUGUAUGGAUGAAAGCAAUCUGAGGGAUUUGAAGAGAAAAAGUAAUCAAGUUAAAAACUGCAAAGCUAAAAUUGAACUACUUGGGAGCUAUGAUCCACAAAAACAGCUUAUUAUUGAAGAUCCUUAUUAUGGGAAUGACUCUGACUUUGAGGCGGUGUACCAGCAGUGUGUCAGGUGUUGCUCGGCGUUCCUGGAGAAGGCGCACUGAGGCUGGCCAUGCUCUGCUGCAGGCGGUGAUCCGUCCCCACCCUCUGCAUUUCUCAGCCAGUGUGCUCCACAGUCCAAGGCCCCAGCUGUUUCUUCAGUUGAUUUACUGUUUCAUAUCUUGAAAAUAAUUGUAGAUGCAACUCAGUUGUGUUUGGCAGAAGAAAAAAUAAAAAUCUUUGAUUCAGA